AAAUAAUAACAUGUACGCAAAUUUGUAACCUUCGCUGUACGUUCUUCUGAACGUUAGUAAUAAAUUGUUUAGGAAAUGAAACAUCACGAAAUGAAUCACUCAGUGAGAUAGUAAUUAAGUAGCGAAAUUGUAGAUUAUAAGUAGGGAUAUUAUUUAUUAAUACAAUACCUAGUGAAAAUGGGUAAAAAAUUCGAUAAAUUUUUAUUGUUAAUGUGGAAAAAUUUUCUUUUACAAUGGAGGCAUCCCAUACAAACCAUUAUUCAAAUUUCGACGCCUGUACUGUUCUCCUUUCUUCUUGUCGCAAUUAGAAGUUUGGUGGUACCGGAAUCUCACAAGGCAACAUUUUAUACUCCAUUCGAAAAUAACUUAAUUAUGAAUAAAUCUUUCGCCAGGACAAUUGCUUGGUCCCCCACCCAUCCUGUUUUGGAAGAAAUUAUGAAAAAUGUGACUCGAGAAAUUUACACUAAAAGCAAAGUGAAGCUGAGGCUUAUCAGUCAUAAUAACAGUUGGUUACUUGAGGAAUAUUUGAUGAACGAGCUGAACCUGCUGAUGACUCUUGCAGGGGUGCAGUUUGACGAUUCGUUAAUUAAUCAAGAAGCCCUAAAUCACAAUGUUAAGGUGCAUUUUAGAUUUCCUGCAGAGUUGAGGUACAGUUCAAAUACCACUAACAAUUGGAAAACGAAACUCUUAUUUCCCCUUUACCAAGUGCCUGGUCCGAGAUCCUGGACGAUAAAUGAAGGUGGACCACCAAGUUAUCACUCGGAGGGCUUCCUGAUGUUACAGCAGGAGGUAUCGUUGGCGAUCAUUCAUUAUUUUAAACCGUUGAAGAACAACGUUUCAAUAUACAUGCAGAGAUUUCCCUAUCCGGAGUGGGUCGAAGACAAUCUCCUAACUGCAUUGCAGAGCUUUGUCGGGCUGAUAAUCAUGUUGAGUUUUGUUUAUACGUGCAUUAGUACCGUUAAAAUUAUUACAACGGAGAAGGAAUUACAGUUAAAGGAGGCGAUGAAAAUUAUGGGAUUACCAAACUGGUUGCAUUGGACGGCAUGGUUUAUAAAAUCAUUUAUUUUGCUGUUCGUUACCGUUACCAUAAUGGUAUCGUUGAUAAAGUUUCGUUGGUACCCCAACACAAACAAUACAGUAUUUACAAAUUCGAAUCCGAUGGUGAUUUUACUAUUCUUGGUAUUUUACAUUUGCGCUGUGAUAACGUUUUGUUUCGCGAUUAGUGUAUUCUUUUCAAAGUCGACGACUGCGUCUACGAUCGCUAGUAUUUUGUGGUUUUUGUCCUACUUUCCGUAUUCUUAUUUACAACGACACUAUAGCAUGUUAGGUUUAUCGGAAAAGUUAUUUGCUAGUCUAGGUGUCAAUACCGCCAUGGCAUUUGGAUUCCAGUUGAUAUUGAUGUUUGAAGGCACAGAGGAAGGAGUCCAAUGGCAUAACAUAUGGCAGACAACGUCUCCCGAUGAUAACCUGGUACUUGGGCAUCUAAUGAUAAUGUUCGCUGUAGACGCAGUGUUGUACCUAUUAGUAGCUCUCUAUGUUGAGGCAGUUUAUCCAGGCAACUUCGGUGUACCUAGACCAUGGUACUUUCCUUUGACCGUCUCGUACUGGUGUGGGCAAGGAACUUUUUUAGAGGUGGAAGAAAGUGCGAUGUUACUCCGGAACACCAGCGAGUUUAUAGAAAGAGAACCGUUUAAUCUUGACGUGGGAAUAAAAAUUCAACGCUUGUGUAAGGAGUACUCACGUGACAAGGUCGCCGUGAGAGACCUCUCGCUUAACAUUUAUAAAGAUCAAAUUACCGUACUUCUGGGUCAUAAUGGCGCCGGCAAAACGAGCACGAUAAAUAUGUUAACCGGAAUGAUUCCGCCGACUCGAGGAACCGCAUUUAUCAGCGGGUACAAUUUGCGAAGUAACAUAAAUAAAGUUCGGGAAAAUGUUGGAUUUUGCCCCCAGUUUAAUAUACUGUUUGACGAACUGACGGUUAAGGAACACUUGCUGUUCUAUUGCAAACUUAAAGGUUUUCCUAGGCAUAAGAUCGACGAGGAAGUGAACUAUUACAUUGCCGCGUUGGACCUGAUACCAAAGAGGGAUACGUUGGCUUCGAAGUUAUCAGGAGGAAUGAAGCGAAAAUUGUCGAUUGGGGUCGCUUUGUGUGGCGGUUCGAAGGUGGUGGUCUGCGACGAACCAACUUCUGGUAUGGAUCCGGCUGCACGAAAAAAUCUAUGCGAUUUGCUACAAGCACAGAAAAAAGAUCGUACAAUUCUACUAACAACACAUUACAUGGACGAGGCGGACUUACUCGGAGAUAGAAUAGCGAUAAUGUCAAAGGGAAAUUUGGAAUGUUGUGGAUCCAGUUUCUUCCUCAAAAAGAAAUACGGCACCGGCUACCAUUUAAUUAUGGAAAAAUUGGAGACCUGCGACGUUAGCGCCGUAACCGCUUUGCUACAGAGUCACAUACCCAGCGUAAAGGUACAAAGCAAUAUCGGCUCGGAAUUGAGCUACCUCUUACCGCAAGAGUUUUCGGCGCUAUUCGAAGGGAUGUUGAGAGAUUUGGAAACUCAAUCAUCAGAGUUGGGAGUGUUAAGUUACGGUAUUUCGUUAACAACAUUGGAGGAAGUUUUUACAAAAGUCGGAACCGAUCACCUUAAUGCCGACAGCAGCAUCAGCCUGGCCACGACCGAUGUUCUAAGUACUCCACCAUAUUGCUAUAGGCCAAAUUGGCGCAAUCAGUUUCUCGCGAUGAUAAUGAAACGAAGUCUCGCCGUCGUUCGCUCUUGGCUGUUGCUAUUCAUACAAAACUUCAUGGUGGUAUUCUUUCUAAUUAUAGCUGUAAUUCUCGCGCGGCAAAUGAACACCUCAACUGAUCUUCCCAGUUUAAAAAUUUCUCUAGAUGGUUACCUCAAUCCCGUAAUAGCACUCACCGAAAGCGGACCCAGUAGCUAUUCACAUAGCUACAGAAAUUUGAUUCGAGACAGUGACCACUAUUUGCUCGAUUGGAAGAACGAAGAUAUGACGGCUAACAUUAUUAGUGAAAUUAAGAAGAAUGCGCCGAGAGUGCGUCAGCAUUUCAUCACUGGUGCAACUUUCGAUAAUAAAUCUAUAACUGCGUGGUUCAGUAACCAACCCUACCAUUCGUCGUCCUUGUCAUUGCAGUUGGCUUUAAAUGCGAUUUUGAAAGCGGAAGUUUCGGCGAAUCACUCGAUCGAAAUAUACAACAGCCCUUUACCGUUCCAACUGGAUACUAAGUUACUGAACUUGUUACGAGUCAAUAACUUUGGAUUUCAAAUAGCAUUUAAUUUGGGAUUCAGUACCGCUUUCAUUUCUGCUUUUUAUGUGAUGUUUUACAUUAAAGAACGCGCCUGUAAGGCCAAAUUCUUACAGUUUGUGUCGGGAGUAUCCGUCUUACCGUUUUGGGGUGCCGCUUUUAUAUGUGACUUCUUAACUUUUAUUUUGACGGCGAUUAUAGCGUUGGUGACGUUAUCAUUAUUUCAGGAGGAUGGAUUUAGGACGUUUGACGAUUUGGGACGGAUUUUUUCCGUUUUUCUCUUUUUGGGAUAUGCGAUGUUACCUUGGAUGUACUUAUCGGCAUAUUUCUUUGAUAUACCCUCUACUGGGUUUACGAGAAUGUCACUUGUUAAUGUAUUCCUAGGAAUAACUGCAAUGUUAGUGGUUCAAAUUUUGGCCCAGCCGGAAUUGAAUCUACAGUACGUCUCGGACACAAUGCACUGGAUCCUUCUUCUCGUACCGCAUUACUCCUUCUGUACAGCAGUUCGAGACCUUUUCAUCGUCUACUCAACUCAGCACAAUUGCGAAAUCUUCAUCGAAAAGUGCGUCAACUUCACCAUACCCGGCUUCCCACAUCUCACUCCAGAACAGUGCAAAGCAAAAAUUUGCGACGUUAUCCCCAAGUGUUGCACAACCACCACUAACUACUACGACAUUGAAUCACCUGGUAUAGGAAGAAACGUGAUAUUUUUAAGUUGCGUCGGUACUUUCCUAAUCAUGUUACUUCUUUCCAUCGAACUUCGCCUAAUCGAAAAGAUUACCAACAGAAUUUCGUUGUCAAGGCGAUCGGGGACUUCCACGCCUAAAGUCCUAGACGUCGACGUUUUGCACGAGCAGGAAAAAGUUCGUGCAAUGCCACUACAGCAGAUCCAUCAUACAGCAGUCGUUAUGAAGGAUGUUACAAAAUAUUAUGGAGCCUUCCUUGCGGUCGAUAACUUGUGCGUGUCGAUAGACCAGUACGAAUGCUUUGGCUUGCUGGGCGUAAACGGAGCUGGAAAAACUACAACGUUCAAAAUUAUGACUGGGGACCUUCGCAUGUCGUCCGGCGAAGCUUGGAUCAACGGAAUUAAUUUAACAUCGAGCAUGAAAACGAUUUACAAACGCAUUGGUUACUGUCCACAGUUUGAUGCACUUUUGGACGAGCUAACCUGUUUCGAAACUCUUACAAUCUUUAGUCUUAUACGCGGAAUGUCGUUUGCUGACAGUCGGAAUAUGGCGAAAAAACUAUCCCAUGACUUAGAUUUUUAUCAGCACUUACAUAAGAAGGUUAAUGAACUUAGUGGUGGUAACAAACGAAAACUUAGCACUGCCUUGGCGUUAAUUGGGGACCCUUCGGUUCUAUUCUUAGAUGAACCUACAUCAGGUAUGGAUCCUGUAACGAAGCGUUACAUUUGGAAUGUACUUUGUGGCGUUCGCGACAGAGGAAAGUGUAUAAUUUUAACCUCGCAUAGUAUGGAGGAAUGCGAGGCUUUAUGCACGAGAUCCGCAAUAAUGGUCAACGGGAUAUUUAUGUGCAUCGGUUCGACGCAACAUUUGAAAACUAAAUUUUCUGAAGGCUAUACACUUAUCGUUAAAAUGAAGAAGCAAGAGAAUUACAGUUUCGGCGCGAUCGAAGAUUUUGUCAAAGACAGUUUUGGGGCGGUUCUCAUUAGAGAAAGACAUCAAGAUUUGAUAACAUUUUAUAUUCAAGACAAAAUGCUGCCUUGGUCACGAAUGUUUGGUAUUAUGGAGGAAGCAAAAGCGUUUUUAAACAUUGAAGAUUACUCUUUAGGUCAGAGUAGUUUGGAGCAGGUUUUUUUGUCUUUUACAAAAUACCAAAAAGAAGAAAAUAAAACUUAACUCUGUAAUAUGUUUAA